AUGGGUAAAUUUUCACUAAGGCCUGAUAGGAAAAGAUUACGUUUAUCUACUAAACGUAAAAAUCGACGACUUGCUAUGAAAAAAAGCACCAAUAACAAUAAUGACAAUGACAAUAAUAUUACUGAUGCUGGUCCAUCAAAUUCAAAAGAAAACUCAAUGGAGAUAAAUUCUGCGGAAUCCACAAGCAAUUUAUCGGAUUUAUCAGAAUUUCAAGAAACUAUUGAAGAUAGUCAAGAUAGACCUACUGUAAACUUAAAUAAUUCGAGCAAUUUAUCGGAUUUAUCAAAAAUUCAAGAAACUAUUGAAGAUGAACCCUCUGUAAACUUAGAUAAUUCGAGGCAAAUCACUACUGAUGAAAAGUCUGAUACAAUAAACUCGAAUUCAGCUAUGGUAUUGGGUGCCAUUUCAACUGGGAUAGGAUAUUCGCAAAUAAAUGAGCUUGCAGCUUCUCUCAAUAUGCCUUUUAUGACAUCAAAAACCUUUAAUCGUUAUCAUGAAUCUGUAGGCGGAUAUAUCAGAGAAUCACUAUGUAUGGAAAAUGCCGCAGCCAAAGAAGCUGAGUUAGCUCUAGAAGAAGGCGACGUAGAUGAGAACGGUAUUCCAUGUAUCACAGUCGUUACUGAUGGCGCUUGGGCUAAACUCUCUUACAAUGUAAAUUAUGAUUCUAUGUCUGGUGUGGCUUGUAUAAUAGGUUACAGAACGGGUAAUCUUUUAUUUCUUGGUAUAAGAAAUAAAUAUUGUUCAUUAUGUUCUUAUUAUGAAAAUAAAGGGCAAGAUAUCCCUAUACACAAAUGUUACAAGAAUUGGCAAGGAACAUCAACAUCUAUGGAGACAGACAUCAUAGCAGAAGGUUUCAAAAACAGCAUAAAACUGCAUAAAUUAAAAUAUACCAAAAUGGUCGGAGAUGGCGAUUCCUCUGUAUACAGAAAAUUAAUCCAAAUAAAACCUUACGGAAACACAUUGGUCCAAAAAGUUGAAUGCAAAAAUCAUUUAUUGCGGAAUUUUGCUAAGAAAAUUAGGGAAAUAUGCAACAAAAACCGAAGCAAUAAAAAUAUAGCAGUUCCUAUGGCUUUACGAAAAGAAAUUUUUAGCAAAUUUAUGCGACUAAGAACAGCGAUUACAAAGGCCACUGCAUAUCGAAUCUCAGAAAAUAAUACUAUUGAUGAAAAUAUAAAUUUAUUGAGAGGAGAUAUAAGUAAUUCUCCUAGUCACGUAUUUGGUGAACAUGCUAAAUGCAAAGAAUUAAAUUACUUCAAAUGUAAUAAUUUGAAUGAAAAAAAUUUAAUUCCUGCUAUGAAAGAAUGUGGUAUUUAUGACGACAUUAUGCUGGCUUUAAAGAGAUUGCUGGAUAAUACGAGUAGCCUUAUAUUGAACAUGGAUAACAAUUUGGCAGAACAUUACAACAGUGUGGUUUGUAAGUUCGUCGGAGGUAAAAGAGUUAACUUCUCUCUUCGGGGUGCUUAUCAAACUAGAUGUGAGGCAGCAGCAUUGUCGUUUAAUUCUAAAGGGGAUUACUACAGGAACAUCUAUAAAACUGCAACAGACGUCAAAAGCCAAGAAUAUUUGGAAAAAGCUGAAGAUUUUCUUAAUAAUCUUAAGAAAACUGCAGAGGAGAUCCACUGCAUAGAAAGAAACACGAUCGGGCAGUCAGCCAACCUCUGCUGGAUCCAAGAAAGCGCGGUUAGGAUAACAGCUUCAAAUUUUGGUAAAAUUUGCAAGAUGCGUCCACAAACAUCAAGAGCAACCACAGUGAAAACUUUGCUAUAUGGAAACUUUCAUGGUAAUACAGCCACAAGAUACGGCAACGAUAGUGAAGCACGCGCUAUUGCUGAAUUUGAAGACAAAUAUAAAGUCAAAAUUUCUCAAUGUGGAUUGUUUAUAGAUAAGAAAAAUUAUUAUUUAGGGGCUAGUCCGGAUGGAUUAAUUGGUGAUACCCAAUUAAUGGAAAUAAAAUGUCCAUAUUCCAUCUGUAAUAUGAAUCCAGCAGAAGCCAUCAAAGAAAAAAAAUUAGCAUUUGCUGAAUUCGUGGAUAAUGAAUUUCACUUGAAACGGAAUCAUAACUAUUACUACCAAAUCCAGGGCCAACUGGCAAUAGCUGAUAAGCAGAUGUGUUAUUUUGUAGUUUGGAGUCCUCAUGGGAUGGUAGUAGAAGAAAUUUUUCGAGACUUGCAAUUCUGGAAUGAAAAAUGUAUUCCUAAAUUGAAAUCCUUUUAUGAAAAUUUUGUUUUGCCCGAAUUGAUAGACCCCCUUUAUCCAAAAGACCUGCCGAUACGAGACGAAAUUGUGUUCCGAGAUGCUCUUCUUAUUGACACCAUAUAACGGGGAUAGUUACCAAACUCAUCCAAUGCAAAGCAUUUUUUUACAGACGUCAAAAAAUGACAACAUUUUCACACUCAUUUCUGUGCGAAAAAUCCCACAAUGGUUUUAUUGGAAAUUGAACGACAAAGUUUAUUGAUGAACUAGCGUAUACCCAGGGUGCGCUACUACCCUAAAAAAAGAAUUGCAUUUUGUUAAUUUUUUUAUAAUUUUUUUCAUUUACCAAAUAAAUUCUCCGCCCUUGGUUAUUCUAUAAUUUGAAUAUGGCUACGGUGCGCCAAUGAACUUUUGCAUGAAUAUUUUGAGAAAGAGCCAGCCGAGCGUCGCGGAGUCUCUGGCGAAGUGGCCGG